UUGGGGUCCGUGCAGGAGGGGUCACGCUCUCCGUGUUUUGCAGUCGGCGUGGAAGUAAUCGGACAAGCUGUACGUGAAUAUAUAUUUUACGCGAAGACUCGAAGCCGGAGCUGAAAGUUUGACUGCUGAUGUGCGAAUUCUUUUGGUCGCUUUGUCUUUUGGCUAAACGAGACACAGGUUAUGUUUGUUUUUUUUACUCUCUUUGUGAUUUCUUUUUUACUCAUGUUUGAUAACGACCUAAGGGCUGUUGUCGAUUACUUUUUAAUUUUGCUUUUUAAAUAUUUAACGCGCGGAUCGAUUGUCACUUCGGUCAAGUUCGCUACGCGGGCGUAAAAAUAAACGCAACAGCACCUGUGAAGAAUGUUCCUCCUGAUAUGAUUUCCACCAGACGCUUUGUAAUUGAAUUAGAGUAGCGCGACCAUUGGCUGCCCCCGCGUGCUGCUCCGAAAGCUCCGCCCCUCCCGCUCCAGAUCGGCUGGGUGUGGGGAACUACAUCUUUAUAAGAGCCGCCGAACAUCCACAGCCCAGCCUACAACCUGAUCCGCUCAUCCAAAGGCGAGGAGCCGGUUUCACCUCCUUCCAUCACUCGUAAGGGAGGGAGGCGCGCACAGAACAGAAACAAGACCAGGGAGCCGGUGGUUACGUCGCCUCCUUGGCUGAGAUUCACUCCUCCGGAAACUCUCGAAACUCUCGUUUGAUUGCAAAGGUGUCAACAAUGCAGUUGGAGAACAUCCUUCCCAGCGCCAGCAUUAAUUUACCCAAGACCUUUUAUAAUCUUUCAUCGUCGGACAGUGCCAACAACAGCCCGAGGCCGUCAUCGCAGCUCGACUACCAAGAAGUCGAUCGGACGGAAUCCGAGUCCAGCAGCGGCCCCAAGAAGUACCUCGGCGGGAUGCUGGGUGAGGGAGAGGGGGACACUUUCACUAAAACCGGGCCCGAUGGGAGGAAAGGCUCCCCGGUGCUCGGCGAGGACGAGUUGACGAGCGCUCGACGUUACAACCUUGACGAGCUGGGCUCUGACAGAUACUUCAUCUCGUCCACCCAGGCCACUUCCGACAUGGCGAGCCCCUGUUCCCUGUUCCCUUACGCAGGACAGACCGGCUCGGUGUACACCGGCUCCAGCGGCUCCAGGUACCCGGCUUCACUUCAUUACGGAUCAGUGUUGCCGCCCACGGGCUUCUCCUCCUCCUCCGUGUGCACCGGCCGGAGUCAGUUUAGCAGCGGAGGGUACCAGUUCAGCCAGGGCCCGGGCUGUUUGUACCCCUCCUACCCCGGGACGGGCCCAGGGAUUGGCUCCAUGUCUCUGCCGGGGUCUGCCGCCGGAGCCAGAGCGCAGGUCUAUCUGUGCAACCGGCCUCUGUGGCUGAAAUUCCACCGGCACCAGACCGAGAUGAUCAUCACCAAACAGGGCAGACGGAUGUUUCCAUUCCUCAGCUUCAACAUCACCGGACUCAACCUCACGGCCCAUUACAAUGUCUUUGUGGAAGUUAUUUUGGCUGACCCGAAUCACUGGCGCUUUCAGGGAGGAAAGUGGGUCACUUGUGGCAAAGCAGACAAUAAUAUGCAAGGUAACAAAAUGUAUGUUCAUCCUGAAUCUCCAAACACUGGUGCUCAUUGGAUGAGGCAAGAAAUUUCCUUUGGCAAGUUGAAGCUGACCAACAACAAAGGGGCCAACAACAACAACACACAGAUGAUAGUCCUGCAGUCGCUUCAUAAAUAUCAACCGCGACUGCACAUUGUGGAGGUGACGGAAGACGGAGUGGAGGACAUGACCAACGAGGCCAGAACUCAGACCUUCACCUUCCCAGAGAACCAGUUUAUAGCGGUCACUGCCUACCAGAACACAGAUAUAACGCAGCUGAAGAUAGAUCACAACCCCUUCGCGAAAGGCUUCCGGGACAACUAUGACUCGAUGUACACGGCCCCAGAGAGUGACCGGUUGACUCCGUCGCCCACCGACUCCCCUCGCUCCACCCAGAUCGUACCCGGGGCCCGCUAUACCAUGCAGCCUUUCUUUCAGGACCAGUUCGUCAACAACCUGCCUCAAAACCGCUUCUACGCCAGCGAGCGGGCCGUCCCCCAAACCAACAGCCUCCUUUCCCCGCAGAGCGAGGACGUCAGCGCCGCGGCCUCUGCCCAGCGCUGGUUCGUCCCCCCGGUCCAGCAGCCGGGCUCCAACAAGUUGGACCUGUCCUACGAGAAUGACUAUUCCACCAGCAGCCUGCUGUCCUACGGCAUAAAGCCCUUGUCCCUGCAGACGUCCCACGCCCUCAGCUACUACCCGGACUCUGCCUUCGCCUCCAUGGCUGCGGGCUGGGGCACCAGAAGCUCUUACCAGCGCAAGAUGACCACUGGCCUUCCCUGGUCCCCUCGUCCAAGCCCCCCGGCCUUUUCGGAGGACCAGCUGGGGGCCACAAAAGACAAGCUGACCGACGAGAGCGCGCCGCCCGCCUCGACCUGGAUCGAGACGUCCCACUCUCUGAAAUCGGUGGACUCUAGCGACUCCGGCGUGUACUCCGUGGUGUGCAAGCGGCGCAGGAUGUCUCCUGGGGGCUCAAGCACAGAGAACUCCCCCACCAUCAAGUGUGAGGACUUGACAACGGAAGAGUACAAAGACAACCCAAAAGGCAUGGGUUAUUAUGCAUUCUACACAAGCCCCUAAGACUGUAUUUAUUGAAACUAAGUAUAAUUCUUUUGUUUAUAUUUGUGCUCUCCAUUCCUCGUAAUGUCUGGUUUUCUCUUUUCUCUAAGGG